AUGCAGCAUUACGGGGUCAAUGGUUAUUCCCUUCAUGCCAUGAACUCUCUGAGUGCCAUGUAUAAUCUUCACCAGCAGGCAGCACAACAAGCACAGCAUGCCCCUGACUACAGACCAUCUGUUCAUGCACUGACUCUGGCAGAGAGGCUGGCCGGCUGUGCAUUUCAAGAUAUUAUCCUCGAGGCAAGGUACGGCUCCCAGCACCGUAAGCAGCGUCGCAGUCGGACAGCCUUCACCGCCCAGCAACUGGAGGCACUGGAGAAGACCUUCCAGAAAACGCACUAUCCGGACGUGGUGAUGAGGGAGCGCUUGGCCAUGUGCACCAACCUACCUGAAGCUAGGGUGCAGGUGUGGUUUAAAAACAGGCGCGCCAAAUUUCGCAAGAAGCAGCGCAGUCUGCAGAAGGAGCAGCUGCAGAAACAGAAAGAGGCCGAGCUGAGCCACGAUGGAACAAAAUCGGAGAAACCAGCCACAGAAACUCAGGGCUGCUCAGAAGUCAGCGAGCCACACAGUGCUGGCGGCGAGCCGAUUAACAUCGAGCUAAAUGUCACCUCGGCCGAGCAGUCAGACAGUGAAUCAUCGGCAGAGGAGCAGAUGGAGAGAGAGCGGGAGUUUAAAACCCCGACAGAGGAACUCAGGCAGGACAAGGGCUGCAGUCCCGAGAGCAAAGCGGCGGCCUGUAAACGCGGGAGCCCCAAAUCAGAUUCACCCAUCAACACGACGGGGACGCCCGCGUCCAGCACUGGAGGUAAUGUGGUGCAAACCCACUCAUAUUCCUCGUCUCCCCUGAGCUUGUUCCGACUGCAAGAGCAGUUCCGUCAGCACAUGGCAGCAACCAACAACCUGGUUCAUUACUCCUCCUUUGACAUGGGUAGCCCUCCGGCCAUGCCAUACCUGGGCAUGAAUAUGAACGUAGCCCCCAUCAGCUCUCUCCACUGCCAGUCCUACUACCAGUCGCUGUCGCACGCCCAGCAAGUGUGGUCCAGUCCGAUCCUGCAGGCAUCAAGCGCGCUGCCUAACCUCAACAGCAAAACCACGAGCAUUGAAAACCUUCGGCUUCGAGCAAAGCAACACGCCGCCUCUCUGGGCCUUGACAGCUUACCGAACUGACAAGAGAAUGUGAAAAAUACAUACUUCGGAAUGAAGACUUAACCGCAACGCAAGAUGUUACUGAAUCUAAGACUAGCUGGAUGUUGCUAGCUCCAGCAAGAUGCUUUAAAAGCGUAUGCAAAAG